CGCACUGCAGACUUGCUCAGUCUAGUAGGAACUGGGAGGAGCGAGCAAAUUCCUGCUGGAUGCUCUUCUUCCCUUUUCUCGAAAUUUCUAAAGCCACCUGAAUCUCUGCUUCAUAAACCCUAACCCCCAUUCAUUCUGUUUGGUUGAAGAAUUGGAAGGACCAUAAAUGGCGGAAGCUGAGGCGGGAUCAGGUACAACCGGCUCAUCGGAAACAUCUUUGAAAGACAAGGGCAAUGAGUUUUUCAAAGCAGGGAACUAUCUCAAAGCCGCCGCAGUCUACACCCAGGCCAUCAAGCAAGACCCUAACAAUCCCACUCUUUAUAGCAACCGUGCUGCAGCAUUUCUGCAAUUAGUUAAGCUCAACAAAGCACUUGCUGAUGCUGAGACAACAAUUACAUUGAACCCCCAGUGGGAAAAGGGAUAUUUCCGAAAAGGAUGCAUAUUAGAGGCCAUGGAACGAUAUGAUGAUGCAUUAGCUGCCUUCCAAACAGCUUUGCAGUACAAUCCACAAAGUACAGAAGUAUCAAGAAAGAUAAAACGGAUCUCCCAGCUGGUGAAAGAUAAGAAGCGAGCUCAGGAAGUGGAGAAUAUGAGAUCCAAUGUUGACAUGGCAAAGCAUUUGGAUAAACUGAAAACUGAAAUGUCUGAAAAGUGUGGAUCUGAAGAAUGUUGGAAAGAUAUGUUUGCUUUCCUUGUUGAGACCAUGGAAGCAGCUGUAAAGUCAUGGCAUGAAACUUCUAAGGUUGAUGCUAGAGUAUACUUUCUUCUCGAUCAGGAAAAGACGCAGACUGAUAAGUAUGCUCCAAUUGUGAAUAUUGAUAAGGCUUUUGAAUCACCCCAUACGCACAGCAGUUGUUUUUCAUAUCUGAGGCAGUAUGCGGAGGAUUCUUUUUCCAGAGCAGCUUGCUUGAUAGCCCCCAAAAGUAUCAUAUCUUAUCCGCAGGUUUGGAAAGGACAAGGAUCUAGAAAGUGGAGGCAUGGGCAACAUGAUGGUUUUUUUGUUCAAUUUGAGACACCCUUUCUACGGAAGCUGUGGUUUAUUGCCAGCUCCAAUGAAUUCGGGCAAACUUUAUGCAGGGAUCCAGAGGUUUUGGAUAUCAGUGUUCAUGAAGUGCUUCCUCGUCUGUUCAAAAAGAAGUCCAUGUCAUAGUUGCCCUAACUUAGUGUGCAUUUUAUUAUAGAGAAACUUCAAGAGGGUAUUUAUUCAAAGAGGAAAUACAACUUCUGGUACUAGUAUUUUUCCUUGAUUCGGUUUGCAAGUUCUUAUUAGAGUUGGUAACUUGCAGGAAGCUGCUUUUCACAGUUGUUUCAUGCAUGUACUCAAUUUUGAAUGGUUUGUUUUUUUCUCAAGCAAAUGAAUGGGUUUUUUUUGGGGUGAAUGUAAUUUUCCAGUGUUCUUAAUUGUAUUAUUAAGUUUUGAAUUAAGUUGGGCCAUUCCCAAGUUUGACUUCA